AUGGAUUUAGUACUGGAAGGCUUGGAUGCUUAUGUGUUUGAUUUUGCUUAUGCUAAACUGUUUCCAGCAUCUUUAUCUUCACAUAUACCUCAUGUUUUGCAGAAAUCGUUGGAUUUAGGAAACGAUACUUUUAAAGCAGUUUUAGCCCAUGAUCCAACUCAAGCUUUAAUCAAUGUCAAUCAGAAUUCGGCUUUAAAUCAUGUUUUGAGUGAAUUACAACAAAAUGAAGUUUAUGGUCAUUUCCCUGUCUGGUUUGAUACUUCUGUUUAUACAAAUGCUUCUUUAUUACCAAGAACCAAUUUAUUCAGACAAUCUAUAACUUUAUUCUUAGUAAUGUGGAUUUUUGGCCUUUUAUUAUACCUUGGUGUUGCAACUUUUAGUUAUAUCUUCAUUUUUGAUAAAGCAAUAUUCAAUCAUCCAAGAUAUUUAAAGAAUCAAAUGUCCUUAGAAAUUCAACAAGCCGUCAAUGCUAUUCCAAUGAUGGUUGCAUUAACCGUUCCAUGGUUUUUAAUUGAAUUACAAGGUUAUUCAAAAUUAUAUUGGGAUGUGAACACAGUCAGAGGUGGUUGGAUAUCAAUCGUGUUACAAUACCCAGCUUUUAUCAUGUUUACAGAUUUGUUCAUUUACUUGAUCCACAGGUGGUUACAUUGGCCAAAGGUUUACAAAUUGUUACAUAAACCUCAUCAUAAAUGGUUAGUUACAACACCAUAUGCUUCACAUGCUUUCCACCCAGUUGAUGGUUAUUUCCAAUCAUUGCCAUAUCAUGUUUAUCCUUUCAUUUUUCCUCUACAUAAAUUGAGUUACCUUUUAUUAUUCACAUUUGUUAAUUUCUGGACUGUUAUGAUUCACGAUGGUGAAUACAUGGCAAAUGACCCAGUCAUCAACGGUGCAGCUUGUCAUACUGUACACCAUUUGUAUUUCAACUAUAAUUAUGGACAAUUCACUACAUUAUGGGAUAGAAUUGGUAAAUCAUACAGAGAACCAGAUAGAGAAUUAUUUGACAAGAAUAAGAAAAAAUCAACAGACACUUGGAAAGACCAAGUGUCUAAAAUGGAAGCGAUCAAGGAUGUUGUUGAGGGUAGAGACGAUGAUAGAGUGUAUGGUACUGAAGAACAAUACGCAAAAAAACAAAACUAA